AUGCCACUGUGCAACCAAAUUGCACUGGACAUGCGCCAGGAAACUGGCAGUACGAUAAUCUCCGGCACUGUCGUUUCUUAUUCUAAAGCCCUCCGGGACGUAUGUGUCUCUUACUUCAACGGGCAUCCUGUUAAGUUGGGCGGACCGGUUGAGCACAGGGAUGCUGCUGCCCUUAUGCCGCUUGUCUGGCAGUAUAUCCUCCCGGGUACUACUAUGAUGUCAGAUAAGUGGGCAGCUUAUAACGGCAUUCAAAACCUGCCUAAAGGGGUGGGGCAUAAGGAGCGGAAUGGGACCUUACGGACUUUGUUGGACAGCUAUCUUGCACAGUUUAUGUGGAAGAAGCUGCUUGAGGAGGACCCGCUCCAUCAUAUUGCCGAUGUCGACUUUUCAGUGCAGUCCAAUUUCUGGAAAUUCCUUCUGACGAUGGACGCUAUUGCAAAAUUUGAGCUGCUUUUGUAUCUGCAAAGCACACAAAUCAGCAGCUCUCGGUCAGCCGGAGAUUGGUCAUGCUGCAUGUCGGCAAGUAGAGCAACUGUAUGUUCCUUGAUUUCUGCUAGCUCAUGCAGGGUGCUACUGGCCAAUACCUUGCUUGGGCUGGUGGUUCCAUCUCCGCGCCAGUGGGCAGGGUUUCUUCAAAAACCCUGCCCAGCGGGGCGGAGAAAAAAGUGGAGCCGUCAGUCUAAACAAGCUCCGAAGCUCUCUCCACCGCAACCGGAUGCAUGCAAUAUGGUUCCAUAA